AUGAAACGCAUCUUUGAGUAUCACCCACCAACCAUUUGCUACGACCAACCAGCCACUGCUGCAGUAUCGAAAGAGGACUGUGAAGCACGGAGAUCACAUGCAUUGAACGGGGUGCGAGUGUUGGAGCUGAUAGUACCGAAAAAAUCGGCUCGAACAUGGACGAUGCAGAUGGGUGACCUUUGUCGCGUGUCUCUGCCUGAAGGUUCACAAGUGGGUGAUGUUAACCUUUGGAGCUUGGAGCACCCACAAAAGGAACGGUUUUAUUCGGGCAAGACCAGACAGAUCCAUUCAACACAUCUCAAAACGUACGAUCGUUUGUGGAGUUGCUUCCCAUAUCUACGCCCGAUGGCAACGUUCGUGAGAGACUCGCUCGAAGACUACGGUAUCGAUAGAGAUGGAGGCUCACUGCAUGACGUUGUCGGUACCAGGUGUGACGAUUACAUUUACAAGCUCAUCACUGGAGAGGACCGCUUCGGCAGCUGCCACAGUUAUUUGACGGAGGCCGUUAAGCAUCAUGGAUUGACCGAACAGGAUGUGCAUGACACGUGGAAUAUAUUUAUGUGCACCGGCUUCACAAGGGAUACCCAACAGUACUUCUGUAAGCCGAGCCCAGCUCGAAAGGGAGACUUUAUAGAGUUUCUGGCCGAUAUGAACUUGCUAGUUGCCCUAAGUGCUUGCCCUCAAGGAGAUGUAUCCAUUCAAGUUGGGCAGAAGGUGCCGGAAGAAAAAUGUUUCCCAAUGAAAGUAGAAGUUUUUCGCAAGAUCUGA